AUGUCGGCGAUCCCCUCCUACUACCGCAUCUUCUUCACCUUCAUCGACCCGGUCCUCUCCUCCUUCGGCGUGAUCAUGCACCUCCAAUCGGCCAAGAUUCUGCCCAACUACGCCCUCACGCCAGCAAUCCCACCAGCGACCGAGACGCGCCUCGUUCUCGAUGCUCUGACCGGCUUCUUCGCCGGUCUUGUGUUCCUCCAAGCCGUAUUACUCCGAGCGAGACCGAACGAUGUGGUUGUAUGGAAGUGCGUGCAAGCAGCGACGAUUUUGGUUGAUGUUGGAAUGGUUGGAGGCUUUGUGAGAGCGCUGGGCAAUACUGGAAGACUUGAUGCUGGGAAGUGGAGGCCUGAGGAGUGGAGCAAUGUUGGCAUCAAUAGCUUUGUGGGGAUCGUGAGGACGUUGUUUGUGCUGGGUAUUGGUAUGCCGAAGGUCAAGACAUAUUGA